UCCGCUGUCGGAGGCUAAGUAUUUUAGCGCUUCCGGACUUGCGCACAGUUUUGUGCCCAGGAAUUCCGUAACGUGGACGUGAGGUAGACCGGGCAUUGUUAUUUAAGAAUGGAAGAGGAUACAGAUUUUAGAAUCCGGUUUAGUUCUUUGUGUUUUGUUACUGAUCAUGUUGGAUUUUGUGGCACUAUAAAAAGCUCACCAAGUGAUUUUGUUGUUAUAGAGAUUGAUGAACAGGGACAAUUAGUUAAUACGGCACCAAGUAAACUGAUUAGUAAAAUACUACCUGAGCCAAAUAACUUUGCCAAAAAGACAAAACUUGAUCUUCAGAAUUUAUCCUUUGAAGAGGGAAGCAACCAAGAAGUUAGUAUUUUUGCUGGGUGCUCUGGUGCUGAUCAAUAUCAUCAAUCUGGUUCAGAAAGGGAAGAUACUAUCAGUGAUGGAACUUCCAAAGGCGAAGAACAAACAGUUGAUGAUUUAGGUACCUUGUUGGAUGAAAAAACUAACGAACUACUGAAUCACUUUGCCUGUGAUAUAAAAGAGAAGUGGAAUUCUAAAACUGAGCUAAUUGGAUCAUCUCCUGAAUUCUCAUUAGGCAGAAUCCUUGACAAAAACCAGAGGGCUAUUCUGCACAGUGCUAUUAGGCAGAAAUUUCCUUUUUUAAUAACUGUAGGUAAAAACAGUGAGAUUGUUGUAAAACCAAAUCUUGAAUAUAAGGAACUCUGUCACUUGGUAUCUGAAGAAGAAGCAUUUGAAUUUUUUAAAUAUUUGGAUGCAAAAAAAGAAAAUUCCAAAUUUACUUUUAAACCUGAUACAAACAAAGACCACAGAAAAGCUGUCCACCAUUUUGUCAACAAAAAGUUUGGAAACCUUGUGGAAACCAAAUCUUUCCCUGAGCUCAAUUAUAGUGCUGGCAAUCCAAAUGUAGCAAUAACAGUAAGAUUUCGGGAAAAAACACACAAGCACAGGAAGAGGUCUCUUUUUGAGUACCAGGAUCGAAAAGUUAUAUAUACAGCCUUUACGCUACGGAAAGAAAAUCUGGAAAUGUUUGAAGCAGUUGGUUUUUUAGCUAUGAAACUUGGUGUGAUUCCUUCAGAUUUUAGUUAUGCAGGCCUUAAAGACAAGAAAGCUGUCACCUAUCAAGCAAUGGUUGUUAGAAAAGUGACUCCAGAGAGGUUGAAAAAUAUUGAAAAAGAAAUUGAAAAGAAAAGAAUGAAUGUGUUUAAUAUUCGAUCUAUAGAUGAUUCCCUUAGACUUGGUCAGCUCAAAGGAAAUCACUUUGAUAUUGUCAUCAGAAAUUUAAAAAACCAGAUAAAUGACUCUGCAAACCUGAAAGACAGAAUUUUAGAGGCAAUAGAAAAUGUUAAGAAUAAAGGGUUUGUAAAUUACUAUGGACCGCAGAGAUUUGGGAUGGGAAGGAAAGUUCACACUGACCAGAUUGGAUUGGCUUUGCUGAAGAGUGAAAUGGUGGAGGCUGUAAAAUUAUUUCUUACACCAGAAGAUUUGGAUGAUCCUGUAAACAGAGCAAAGAAAUAUUUUCUUCAAACUGAGGAUGCUAAAGGCACACUUUCAUUGAUGCCUGAAUUCAAAGUUCGAGAGAGAGCAUUGUUGGAGUCACUGCAUCGCUUUGGCAUGACGGAGGAGGGUUGUAUCCAGGCGUGGUUCUCUUUUCCCCAUUCUAUGCGCAUAUUCUACGUUCAUGCAUAUAGCAGUAAAAUUUGGAAUGAGGCAGUAUCCUACAGACUUGGAACCUAUGGGUCAAGAGUAGUAGAGGGUGAUUUGGUCUGUUUGGGUGAAGAUGUUGACGAUGAACAUUUCCCAAAUAAUAAAGUUCAUCUAGUAACUGAAGAAGAGGAAUCAGCUAACACAUAUGCAAUACAUCAGGUGGUUCUUCCAGUGCUUGGAUACAAUAUUCAAUACCCGAAGAACAAAGUAGGGCAGUGGUACCAGGAAAUACUUAGCAGAGAUGGACUGCAGACAUGUAGGUUUAAAGUACCUACUCUGAAACUGAAUGUUCCAGGAUGCUAUAGACAGAUAUUGAAAUGUCCCCACAAUGUCUCAUACCAACUAAAGGAAGAACAUGAUACUGAUGUCAAAAUGGAAGGUUCCCACAUUGAUGAAGCAACUUUAUCUCUUUUGAUCUCUUUUGAUCUUGAUGCUUCGUGUUAUGCUACGGUCUGUCUGAGAGAGAUAAUGAAGCAUGACUUUUAGAACCAUUAGCCUUGAUCUAAUCAUAUCUGUCAUUCUUUAGAAGAGAGGGAGCUAAAAUUUCUGGAGCAUCUACCAUUUACCAGGAGCUUUAUAAUUGUUAUCUCCUGUAAUUACAAAACAUCCUGAGGAACUAGGAAUUUGAUGCUGAUGUUCCAGAGGACAUAGAGCUAGUAAGUGGCAGCGUUUGAAUUUAAGACUGCAAAGCUUAUGUUCCUUCUAUGAUCUAAUGUUUCAGUGACCUUUAUUCUGUGCUAUAAAGUUUACAAUCUUUCUGGACUAUUCAGAGCAUAUAAUACUGCAAGGUAACAUGUAAAAAAAAAAAACAUGUUUGGAGUAAUGUUGAUAUCC